UUUCUUUUUUGCACUAGUUAAACAAAUGUAUUUGUUUGUGUUUUUGUUGUUCGUCUUUAAAAACAAAUGUUUGGCAAUACCUUAUUGCGAUGCUGAAUGGUGUAAUCCAGGUCAUGAACCGUACCCUAAUAUCGUUUCAAUAAUGACCGGAUACAAUAUUCUUCAAGGAAAUCCAUUCACUUCGUCUCAUACUAGUGAUCCAGGUUUCUCAACAGGAUAUAUUUUUGUUCCAACCUAUAAAACAUCUUCUGGUAGCUAUGUCCUUCAUGGUGGAGUUACAGUGCGUCAGACUGUACAAUGCAGUCUAUCGUCAAUUUCAGACACCAUAACAACACUCAAUGAUUAUGCAAAAAAAAUUGGAUCAAAAUCUUCACAGGGAACAAUGUUUACUUCAAAUCUAGAGUUUGAAGUCAGUGCUGAACUUAAAGGUGUGGGUGUUAAAACAACUGUUCCACCUUUAGUUGAUGCUGCUUUCUCUUCAAGCAAUGAGUACAGAAACAAUGAACUUUUUUUUAGUCAAAAAAGAGGUGUUUUGACCUUACGAGAUGCUACAUGCGCUACGUAUACCGUUCGGAUAAGUCCUUUUGAUCCACCACCAUUUAGCAAUGGCUUUGUUAACUCUUUGAUUCGCUUAAAUAAUACAGAUGAAUCAAACCGAGCGUCUGUCGUUAAUGACUUUAUUCGAGAAUUCGGAACACAUUUUCUUCAACAGACUACAAUGGGUGCACGAACUGCAAUAACACGGCGAUAUUCUGCAGAUGAAUUUAAACUAAGUACAGAUGACCAAAUACAAAAGUGCAACGAAGACCGACUAAAAUUGACAAUUGCAGGAGUCGGUGUUGGUCGCACAUCCCAAAGUUGUAAUGAUAUUGCCAAUUCAGCAAGUAGCAGUUCCGUAGAUGGAUUUGAACGAGAAGCUGUAACGUCUUACGGUUCCAAGCCAGCGACUGAUCUUGUUUCAUGGUCUCAACAAAAGUUUGAAUCUCCUUCGCCAAUAAAAAUGGAACUGAGCUCUUUAUUGAAUUUAUUCACAGCAACUCACAUGAAGAACCACCCUAGUAUUAACUACAAGGGUAUUCUUAAGUGGCUCGGGCCCUUAAUGUAUGACUACUGCGAGAAAAAUAAAGUAGAACUUGGAAUUAAAUCAUGUAAUCCACAAACAAAGAACAGUUGUGGCUGGAAUGACAACUGUAUUCCACGACAACAAGUUUGCAACAACAACCCAAAUAACAUCGGCUAUACUUGUUGUACUCCAAAGUGUUCGCUUCUUCCUUGCAAAAACGGAGGAUCAUGUCAAGAUAUUACCGACAGUUCGUGCACAUUCCGAUGUUCGUGUCGUAAUGGCUGGCAAGGCGCCACGUGUGAAGAAAAAUAUGUCGUGUUCGAUAUCAUAAAAGCGGAAAUUGAGCAACAAAUGAUUAUACAUAGUGGAAAAAGCAAUGAUGACUUUAGAACCAUACUUCAUCAAUAUUUAUCUCAACUUUAUCCAAAAUAUUAUUUUACUGUUAAUGCUUAUAACGAAGUUAGCGGCUUUGACACCCAUUCAGUAAUAGGAAGCUACGUUCACUUUUUUAGACAACAUAGACGAAACCUUGUAGUCGGAUGGGCUAGACAUAAUUCAAUAUUUCCAUCAACAGAAAAAUUUAAUGAAAUUGCUGGUGCUGUUUUGCGGUCUGUCACUAAUUAUAGAGUCGAUGCACGAGAGAGUAUGGACAAAGCAUAUGCAAUAGCUAAUUCUUACGGAUAUCCUAUUGUGUUAGUACACGUUGUUCGGUUUGGAAAUGGCCUCCGUUCUUAUUACAAUGGAUAUACAAGUUUCCAAAACUUUAAAGUUGGUAGUCACGAAUCAAGUGUUGUUAUUAUGUUUGGAAAUAAUUGAAUAAAUAAAUAAAAAAUAACCAAAAAAA